CGCGAUACGUCUGCUUUACUUGAUCCUCUACUUCGGGACUCGAGAAGAUCUGUUGCGAGUUCAGAGGGUUUUAUUUUUUGGAGUCUAGCAUUUUUAACGUAUGUUAAUAAAUAGUGGAUGUGGCGGAUGUGAUUCUAGUGCAGUCUCUGUGGAAAAUUCCCUUGCACCACACGCGAAGGGUGAUUUUUUCAGCCUGUUUUUGUCGUCUUCACAAGUGACAGCUCAAGUUCUGCUCGGACUUGGAGAUGAGUUUCCUUUUUGGCAAUCGAUCUUCAAAGACUUUCAAACCCAAAAAGAACAUCCCUGAGGGUUCACACCAGUAUGAGCUGUUAAAGCAUGCAGAGGCGACUCUCGGCAGUGGAAACUUGCGCCAAGCAGUGAUGCUUCCCGAGGGAGAAGAUCUCAAUGAAUGGAUUGCUGUGAACACUGUAGAUUUCUUCAACCAAAUCAACAUGUUGUAUGGCACAAUAACAGAGUUCUGCACAGAGACCAGUUGCUCGGUGAUGUCUGCAGGGCCAAGGUAUGAGUAUCAUUGGGCUGAUGGCACUAAUAUUAAGAAGCCUAUAAAGUGCUCUGCCCCAAAGUAUAUUGACUACUUGAUGACCUGGGUUCAGGACCAACUUGAUGAUGAAACCCUUUUUCCAUCCAAAAUAGGUGUUCCAUUCCCAAAAAACUUCAUGUCGGUUGCAAAGACCAUUUUAAAGCGUUUGUUUCGUGUGUAUGCCCACAUCUACCAUCAGCAUUUUGACUCUGUUAUGCAACUUCAGGAGGAGGCCCAUUUGAACACUUCUUUCAAACAUUUCAUCUUCUUUGUACAGGAAUUCAACUUGAUUGAUCGUAGGGAGCUGGCACCCCUUCAAGAUUUGAUUGAGAAGCUUGGUUCUAAGGAUCGGUAGACUGUGACUUUCCUGUGCCCGACCAACUUUCAACAUGACAGCAUGGUUCUUUGUUGUAGAACUUUCUUUGGUUUUCUUUUUUUUUUUUCUUUUUUUUUUUUUUUUUAUAUAUUUUUAAUUACAAAGCUUUUAGUGAAUGUGCACAUAACAGAAGUUCAAGUAUGAUCAAAUAGGCAAAUACUGGGAAGGAUGGGGACAGCAUUUCUUUAAGCUUUUGUAACUGGAUUUCCUACAGAUAUUUUUAAUGCUUUUUAUCUUUCAUAAUAGAGGAUUCCUUUUUUUGAAAAUUGACUAUUCUUAUAAUAUGAAGAGUAUGUACUUUUUGUAAAUGUCUGCUCGAAUCAUGUAAAAAUUCAAUUAUACCUGGGGUGCUGAAGUUUUACAGAUUUUGGAGCAAUUGUAUGAUGGCUCCAUAUGCGAGUCUUCUGACAAGUUGGCUAAAAUGUUGUAGUAGUAAAGGCUGCCAUUGCUUGCACUAACAUGCCCUAGCAUAAGUGGGGAAUGCCUGUCUGAAUUAGUCAUGGUAGCUUACUUUUAAUAUACAUAGGGAAAGGCAUUCUGAUCUCCUAAUCAUCAAAGCACUCAAAACCUUAAAAUGCUUACUUCUGUACCAUAUUAAGUUUGCAACAUUAGACUGAGGACUAUAUGCAGAUAAAUUCAGAUAAAGCUGAAACAUAUUAAAAAUAUUGCCUUAAUAGACGGAAAAAAACAACUUACUGUUUUUAUCAGAUUUGUUCCAUAGUGAUAACCAGAGACCAGGUUCUGAAAACUAAUUUCCCCCCACUUAAUUGUUUUGUAGUGUUAUAUCUUGGUCCCUGUUCUGUAACAGUUGCAAGGUAAAUGGAAUGUCUUAAUAUACAGUGGUUUAGAGUUGAAGAGCAAAAACUUUUCAGCAGUGUUUAAAAAAAAAAAACCCUGAAAAAGCAUCUUCUGCUCAACCUUUCAAGAUUCCAAUGUUUUGCUCAAUUCGUUUAAAUCCAGUAUCUUCAGUAAUACUUGCCGUUUCUGAGUGGAAAAUAUAACCAUGACGUCUGUAGCUCUUUUACAUUUCAUUAAAAGUGUCUUUGCUUUUAUAAUGUGCUCAAUUACUAAACCACUGGAAGCCUUUGUAGUUCCGCGGCCAUGUUAUUUAUUACUAAAGGGAAGUUCUAUACACUGUAGAUGAACAGUUGAGCUCAUUGGAAUAACUUGUUUAAAGUGGUUGUUGAAUAAGAUUGUAUGUUGUGGUUUUUGGGAUGUGUUCAUUGGGAAAAGCUUCAGAAUAUACAUUUCAGAUUAGAAAUGCCCAAACUGUUGAAGGACUCAACUUCCUAACCCCUCCAACCCCAUAACUAUAACCAAUAUAGUGCACAAAUAUAAACACAGCUGUAAUGUUAAAGCCCAACUGUAUAUAACAAUUGACAUCACUAAAUUUGUGUUUUUGAAUGUUUUUUGUAUACUAACAGGACUCCUGCACUGUAUAGUAUUGCACAUUAUUAGCUGAUCAUUUUCUAAACCAAAAGCGUAGGAAAUGGAGUAUGGAAUUGUUUUAUUUAAAAAAAGGAUGCACCGGUUGCAGUGGUCCUUUCAUUUCUGCAUUUAUUUAGAUGUCAACCACACUAGUAAGAGGUAUGCAGAAAUCUAUUUGACAGAUUCUUACAAUAGAGUGAAAAGCACUUAUCUUUUGGGUAAGUUCCUUUGCCUCAUUUUUAAGUUACAGUGUUUAAAAAAAAAAAAAAAAAAA